AUGAAACGGGCUAAGAGUCCUAGUCCAGAACGUCUUCAGACUGGACAUUCUGAUGUGGAGCCCAAGUUCACUGAUACAACAAGCUCAUCGGAUCUUUACACGGAUUCUCAGAUUGCUCAUCGUAAGAAGGUCGCUAGAAAUGAGUCGAACACAGCGUCCACUGGAUCCACGGCGUCUGGACGGCAAUCCAGAAGCCAGCAGUCGGAUUUAACGAUUCCGAGCAGCAGAGCACUUCGAAGACUAUUCCAAUUUCUGGUUGAAGAUGUAUGA